AUGAUGUGCUGGAGUGUGUUUUUGGUGUGCGUGUUCAUCACGCUGAUGCAAGGUCAGUUCCCACCAGAGUGCAUGACACCUGCAGGACUACGCAGUGGUACCUGCUGUCCAUCACCCACUGGGCUGUCCAAUGACAAAUGUGGAUCUAGAACAGGGCGGGGGUGUGUGCCAGUCAUCGCUGACUUCCGCUGACAUGGGUCUCAGUACCCUCAUUACAGACGGGAUGAUCGGGAAAGAUGGCCACUGAGGUUCUUUAACAGGACCUGCCGUUGUAACAGACAUUUCAGUGGCUACAACUGUGGACAGUGCAGACAUGGGUGAACUGGCCCAGACUGUGAACAGAGUAUCUCUGUAGUGUGUCGUAACAUCAUACAGAUGUCACCCAAGGAGAAGCAGGCAUUCAUAAAUGCUCUGGACCGAGCUAAAAGGACCACCCACCCUGAUCUGAUGAUCUGCACACAGCGCUAUGAGGAGAUCUUUGGUCUGGAUGGAAAUACCAUGCAGUGCGAGAGCACUACCAUCUAUAACUUCUUUGUCUGGACCAAUUAUUAUUCGGUGGGGAAGACUUACAUGGGUCCUGGACAGGAUAGCUGGGGUGUGGACUUCUCUCAUGAAGGCCCCGGAUUCGUCACGUGGGACCGUUACCAACUGAUGCAGUUGGAGAGAGACAUGCAGGACAUGCUUGGGGAUCCGACGUUCGCCCUGCCAUACUGGAACUUUGCGAUCGGUGGUAGCGAGUGUGAUAUCUGCACAGAUGAGCUGCUGGGAGCCAGGAGCAACUUUGAUAUGAAUGGCAUCAGCUCCAAUUUUGUGUUCUCUCAGUGGUGGAUAAUCUGUGAGAGUGUGGAGGAGUACGAAACACUGGGGACCAUCUGCAACAGUACAGAAAGCCAUCCAAUCAGGCAGAAUCCUGCUGGUAACAUGGCUCAGCCAAUGAUCCAUAAACUUCCGAAACCUCAAGAUGUCAUUGACUGUCUGGAAAUGAGCCACUUUGACACACCUCCAUUCUACUCAACCUCCUCCCAAAGCUUUAGAAACUCAGUUGAAGGUUAUAGUGUGCCCCAAGGGAAGUAUGACCCAGCAGUGUGGAGUCUACACAACCUAGCUAACUUGUUCCUGAAUGGCACCGGAAGCCAGAUCCACCUGUCCCCAAAUGACCCCAUCUUCGUCCUGCUCCACACCUUCACCAAUGCCAUCUUCGACGAGUGGAUCCGGAUACACAGGCCAGAUGCAGUGGCCUACCCUAAAGAGAGCACCCCCAUUGGUCACAACUUGCACUUCAACAUGGUGCCUUUCUGGCCUCCAAUUACAAAUGCUGAAAUGUUCGUCCCUGCACCUGUCAGCCUGGGAUACAGCUAUGAGAUCCAAUGGCCAACUCUGCCAUUCACCCUCUCUGAGGUCUUCACAAUAGUGAUCGUGGUGAUGGUGCUGGCUGGAGUCAGCACAUGCCUCAUGCGAGUGUACGGCCCGGAGGAGGGACUGGAUCUCUUGCUCAGGGAAUAAACCGGCUGUUACUCAGAAGAUGAACAGAGAAGGGAGAAGCUUCAGUCUGUAGUCUGA